AAAACUUCGACCAUGAAGGUCAAUUGGUACUGUCAAAAUUUAUUGCUGUUCUGGCUAACAGUUUUGGCCCUCUUUGCCAUUAAAGUGGAGGCCCGAAAGAGUCUUAAAUUAGGAUUAUACAAGAAUCCUGAACCGAUUGAAGAGAAUCUAAAGAACGAACUAAGAACGCUGUCAAUUAAACAAAAGUUAAAAGUUGAUUCAACUGUGAUUUCGUCCAAAACAAAAACAAAUAAUGUUGGACCAAAGGUAGCCAAGCUGGGAAAUCUCUACAACACGGAGUAUUACACAUCCUUACUGUUUGGAAAUCCUCCGCAAGCUUUGAAUGUCCUUAUCGAUACUGGUUCUGCGAAUUUGUGGGUCCUUUCAAGCAAGUGCCCAGACACGGUUAAGUCCUGUGCAAAUCACGACAAGUACAACUCCAGUGCUUCCACAACCUACAAGGCUAUCAACACGCCAUUCACCAUUGAAUAUGGAUCCGAUUCGGAGGGAGGAGUUAUAGCACUUUCUGGCUUUGAAUCUCAAGAUACAGUAAACAUUGCUGGUUUUGCUAUAAAGAAUCAAGUUUUUUCGGAGAUUACCAAUACGCCAGAGACAGCAUUUCUUAAGUCAUCGUUCGAUGGAAUUCUUGGCUUGGGAUUCUCAAGCAUAGCCAUUGAUAAUAUCACUCCACCCUUCUACAACUUAGUGUCACAAGGUCUGAUAAAAAGUUCUGUAUUCUCUAUUUACUUGAAUAGAAAUGGCACGAAUGCGGUUAAUGGUGGUGAGCUGAUUUUGGGAGGCACUGAUUCGACUCUGUAUAGUGGAUGUUUGACCUAUGUCCCAGUCUCAACUCCAGGAUAUUGGCAAUUCACAAUGACUAGUGGAAAGUUGAAGGACUUUAAGUUCUGUACAAAUUGCGAAGCUAUACUUGAUGUGGGUACUUCCCUAAUUGUUAUACCUGAGGCUGUCCUGGAUGACAUCAACGAAAUGUUGGGUGUACUUAACCCUAAGGACUCGAGUAGUGUCUUUUUGGUCAAUUGCUCAAGGAUCAGUGAGUUUCCGGAUGUAAUCUUUACCAUUGCACGUCGAGAGUUCCGAUUGAAGUCUAGCGAUUACGUUCUUCGUUAUGGGAAUACUUGUGUUUCGGGUUUUACUAGCUUGAAAGGCAACACCUUGGUGAUUCUUGGCGAGAUCUUCUUGGGAGUUUACUUUACGGUUUAUGAUAUUUUUUACAAACUUAUUGGACUUGCACCAGCGGUUCAUUGAGGAUAAAACAAGUUUUCUUUUUCACUUUUUCAAUAUGUUUUUAUAAAAACUAACUUACACAGAAAUUUAUAUAUU